AUGGUACAUCUUUUCUCCUCAAUGAAACCAGCACCGGUUAAUGGAAAACCUAGAGGUGAAGGAGUCACUCCCAUACGACUGGUCAAUGGAAGAAACAGUUGCCAAGGUCUCCUUGAGGUAUAUCGUGAUGGCAGCUGGGGAACCGUCUGUGAUGAUUCUUGGGACAUAAACGAUGCACAAGUUGUGUGCAGACAGCUUGGCUGUGGGCUGGCCCUCUCAGCACCAGGAAAUGCCAAUUUUAGUCAAGGUUCAGGAAGAAUUCUUCUGGAUGAUGUGAACUGCAGAGGGAAUGAAUCUUCCAUUGGGCAGUGUUCCCACAGAGGAUGGGGGGUUCACAACUGCAACCAUAAUGAAGAUGCUGGAGUAAUUUGCUCAGUUUCCCCUGCAGCUCCCUUGCGCCUGGUUAAUGGGCCCAACAGAUGUGAAGGCCGCCUUGAGGUGUACCAUGAUAGCAGCUGGGGAACGGUCUGUGAUGACAAUUGGGACAUAAGUGAUGCCAAGGUAGUCUGCAGAGAACUUGGAUGUGGAGCUCCGCUGUCGGCACCAGGGAAUGCAAGGUUUGGUCAAGGCUCAGGAAAUAUCGUCCUGGAUGAUGUACAGUGCAGGGGAAAUGAAUCUUCCCUAUCUCAAUGCCUUCACUCACCCUGGGGAACCCACAACUGUGGCCAUCACGAAGAUGCAGGUGUCAUCUGUCAUUCAGCAGAAAUAUCCUUGCGCCUAGUUAAUGGAAGCCGCAGGUGCGAAGGCCGCCUUGAAGUGUUCCAUGAUGGCUCCUGGGGAACAGUCUGUGAUGAUCUCUGGGACAUAAGGGAUGCGGAUGUGAAGGAGAAGACAUCUGAGAGAACGAAGGAUCUAGCAAUCCGCUUCAAACCGGAUUUAAGAGGAGAAGGAAGGAAUGUUGAGCGCUCAUUGAGACUGGUUAAUGGAAGCAGCAGGUGCGAAGGCCGCCUUGAAGUAUUUCAUGAUGGCAGUUGGGGAACUGUCUGUGAUGACCUUUGGGAUGUGGAGGAUGCAAAUGUGGUAUGCAGAGAACUUGGAUGCGGACGAGGCAUUAGAGCCCUACCUAACGCUCACUUUGGUCAAGGCUCAGGCAGCAUUGUCCUUGAUAAUGUACAGUGCCAUGGAAAUGAAUCUUCCCUGACUCUGUGCUCACAUGCACCUUGGGGCAAUCAUAAUUGUGGCCAUCAUGAAGAUGCUGGUGUCAUCUGCUCAGGUAUUCCUAGAGUCACUCCCAUACGACUGGUCAAUGGAAGAAACAGUUGCCAAGGUCUCCUUGAGGUAUAUCGUGAUGGCAGCUGGGGAACCGUCUGUGAUGAUUCUUGGGACAUAAAUGAUGCACAAGUUGUGUGCAGACAGCUUGGCUGUGGGCUGGCCCUCUCAGCACCAGGAAAUGCCAAUUUUAGUCAAGGUUCAGGAAGAAUUCUUCUGGAUGAUGUGAACUGCAGAGGGAAUGAAUCUUCCAUUGGACAGUGCUCCCACAGAGGAUGGGGGGUUCACAACUGCAACCAUAAUGAAGAUGCUGGAGUAAUUUGCUCAGUUUCCCCUGCAGCUCCCUUGCGCCUGGUUAACGGGCGCAAUAGAUGUGAAGGCCGCCUUGAGGUGUACCAUGAUAGCAGCUGGGGAACGGUCUGUGAUGACAAUUGGGACAUAAGUGAUGCCAAGGUAGUCUGCAGAGAACUUGGAUGUGGAGCUCCGCUGUCGGCACCAGGGAAUGCAAGGUUUGGUCAAGGCUCAGGAAAUAUCAUCCUGGAUGACGUACAAUGCAAGGGAAAUGAAUCUUCCCUAUCUCAAUGCCUUCACUCACCCUGGGGAACCCACAACUGUGGCCAUCACGAAGAUGCAGGUGUCAUCUGUCAUUCAGGUAUCCCUAGAAUAACCUAUUAUUGUUUUCUUUCAAAUUUUAUCUAUUUGGUAUUUCCAGCAGAAAUAUCCUUGCGCCUAGUUAAUGGAAGCCGCAGGUGCGAAGGCCGCCUUGAAGUGUUCCAUGAUGGCUCCUGGGGAACAGUCUGUGAUGAUCUCUGGGACAUAAGGGAUGCGGAUGUGGUAUGCAGAGAGCUUGGAUGUGGAUCCGGCCAAUCAGCUCCAGGAGGUGCCCGGUUUGGUCAAGGCUCGGGCAGUAUCCUGCUCGACAGCGUGCAGUGCAGCGGAAACGAAUCUUCCCUAUCUCAGUGCUCUCAUGCACCAUGGGGCACACAUGACUGCAGCCAUCAGGAAGAUGCUGGUGUCGUCUGCUCAGAGCGCUCAUUGAGACUGGUUAAUGGAAGCAGCAGGUGCGAAGGCCGCCUUGAAGUAUUUCAUGAUGGCAGUUGGGGAACUGUCUGUGAUGACCUUUGGGAUGUGGAGGAUGCAAAUGUGGUAUGCAGAGAACUUGGAUGCGGACGAGGCAUUAGAGCCCUACCUAACGCUCACUUUGGUCAAGGCUCAGGCAGCAUUGUCCUUGAUAAUGUACAGUGCCAUGGAAAUGAAUCUUCCCUGACUCUGUGCUCACAUGCACCUUGGGGCAAUCAUAAUUGUGGCCAUCAUGAAGAUGCUGGUGUCAUCUGCUCAGGUAUUCCUAGUUCAGUUCCCAUACGACUGGUCAAUGGAAGAAACCGUUGCCAAGGUCUCCUUGAGGUAUAUCGUGAUGGCAGCUGGGGAACCGUCUGUGAUGAUUCUUGGGACAUAAACGAUGCACAAGUUGUGUGCAGACAGCUUGGCUGUGGGCUGGCCCUCUCAGCACCAGGAAAUGCCAAUUUUAGUCAAGGUUCAGGAAGAAUUCUUCUGGAUGAUGUGAACUGCAGAGGGAAUGAAUCUUCCAUUGGGCAGUGUUCCCACAGAGGAUGGGGGGUUCACAACUGCAACCAUAAUGAAGAUGCUGGAGUAAUUUGCUCAGUUUCCCCUGCAGCUCCCUUGCGCCUGGUUAACGGGCGCAAUAGAUGUGAAGGCCGCCUUGAGGUGUACCAUGAUAGCAGCUGGGGAACGGUCUGUGAUGACAGUUGGGACAUAAGUGAUGCCAAGGUAGUCUGCAGAGAACUUGGAUGUGGAGCUCCGCUGUCGGCACCAGGGAAUGCAAGGUUUGGUCAAGGCUCAGGAAAUAUCGUCCUGGAUGACGUACAAUGCAAGGGAAAUGAAUCUUCCCUAUCUCAAUGCCUUCACUCACCCUGGGGAACCCACAACUGUGGCCAUCAUGAAGAUGCAGGUGUCAUCUGUCAUUCAGCAGAAAUAUCCUUGCGCCUAGUUAAUGGAAGCCGCAGGUGCGAAGGCCGCCUUGAAGUGUUCCAUGAUGGCUCCUGGGGAACAGUCUGUGAUGAUCUCUGGGACAUAAGGGAUGCGGAUGUGGUAUGCAGAGAGCUUGGAUGUGGAUCCGGCCAAUCAGCUCCAGGAGGUGCCCGGUUUGGUCAAGGCUCAGGCAGUAUCCUGCUCGACAGCGUGCAGUGCAGCGGAAACGAAUCUUCCCUGUCUCAGUGCUCUCAUGCACCAUGGGGCACACAUGACUGCAGCCAUCAGGAAGAUGCUGGUGUCGUCUGCUCAGGGACGGAGCGCUCAUUGAGACUGGUUAAUGGAAGCAGCAGGUGCGAAGGCCGCCUUGAAGUAUUUCAUGAUGGCAGUUGGGGAACUGUCUGUGAUGACCUUUGGGAUGUGGAGGAUGCAAAUGUGGUAUGCAGAGAACUUGGAUGCGGACGAGGCAUUAGAGCCCUACCUAAUGCUCACUUUGGUCAAGGUUCAGGCAGUAUCGUCCUUGAUAAUGUAGAGUGCCGUGGAAAUGAAUCUUCCCUGACUCUGUGUUCACAUGCACCUUGGGGCAAUCAUUAUUGUGGUCAUCAUGAAGAUGCUGGUGUCAUCUGCUCAGGUAUUCCUAUCACUCCCAUACGACUGGUCAAUGGAAGAAACAGUUGCCAAGGUCUCCUUGAGGUAUAUCGUGAUGGCAGCUGGGGAACCGUCUGUGAUGAUUCUUGGGACAUAAACGAUGCACAAGUUGUAUGCAGACAGCUUGGCUGUGGGCUGGCCCUCUCAGCACCAGGAAAUGCCAAUUUUAGUCAAGGUUCAGGAAGAAUUCUUCUGGAUGAUGUGAACUGCAGAGGGAAUGAAUCUUCCAUUGGGCAGUGUUCCCACAGAGGAUGGGGGGUUCACAACUGCAACCAUAAUGAAGAUGCUGGAGUAAUUUGCUCAGUUUCCCCUGCAGCUCCCUUGCGCCUGGUUAACGGGCACAACAAAUGUGAAGGCCGCCUUGAGGUGUACCAUAAUAGCAGCUGGGGAACGGUCUGUGAUGACAGUUGGGACAUAAGUGAUGCACAGGUAGUCUGCAGAGAACUUGGAUGUGGAGCUGCGCUGUCGGCACCAGGAAGUGCAAGAUUUGGUCAAGGCUCAGGAAAUAUCGUCCUGGAUGAUGUACAGUGCAGGGGAAAUGAAUCUUCCCUAUCUCACUGCCUUCGCUCACCCUGGGGAACCCACAACUGUGGCCAUCACGAAGAUGCAGGUGUCAUCUGUCAUUCAGGUAUCCCUAGAAUAACCUCUCCCUUGCGCCUGGUUAACGGGCACAACAGAUGUGAAGGCCGCCUUGAGGUGUACCAUAAUAGCAGCUGGGGAACGGUCUGUGAUGACAGUUGGGACAUAAGUGAUGCACAGGUAGUCUGCAGAGAACUUGGAUGUGGAGCUGCGCUGUCGGCACCAGGAAGUGCAAGAUUUGGUCAAGGCUCAGGAAAUAUUGUCCUGGAUGAUGUACAGUGCAGGGGAAAUGAAUCUUCCCUAUCUCACUGCCUUCGCUCACCCUGGGGAACCCACAACUGUGGCCAUCACGAAGAUGCAGGUGUCAUCUGUCAUUCAGGUAUCCCUAGAAUAACCUAAAUAUCCUUGCGCCUAGUUAAUGGAAGCCGCAGUUGUGAAGGCCGCCUUGAAGUGUUCCAUGAUGGCUCCUGGGGAACAGUCUGUGAUGAUCUCUGGGACAUAAGGGAUGCAGAUGUGGUAUGCAGAGAGCUUGGAUGUGGAUCGGGCCAAUCAGCUCCAGGAAGUGCCCGGUUUGGUCAAGGCUCAGGCAGUAUCCUGCUCGACAGCGUGCAGUGCAGCGGAAAUGAAUCUUCCCUGUCUCAGUGCUCUCAUGCACCAUGGGGCACACAUGACUGCAGCCAUCAGGAAGAUGCUGGUGUCGUCUGCUCAGGUAUCCCUAAAGCCUUGCGCCUUGUUAAUGGAGGCAGGAAUUGUGAAGGCCGCCUUGAGGUGUACCAUGAUGGCAGCUGGGGAACAGUCUGUGAUGACAAUUGGGACUUGAAUGAUGCACAUGUAGUCUGCAGAGAACUUGGAUGUGGAGCUGCGCUGUCUGCGCCAGGGAGUGCAAGGUUUGGUCAAGGUUCAAGAAAUAUCUUCCUGGAUGAUGUACAGUGCAGGGGAAAUGAAUCUUCCCUGUCUCAUUGCCCUCACUCACCCUGGGGAACCCACAACUGUGGCCAUCAUGAAGACGCUGGUGUCAUCUGCUCAGAGCGCUCAUUGAGACUGGUUAAUGGAAGCAGCAGGUGCGAAGGCCGCCUUGAAGUAUUUCAUGAUGGCAGUUGGGGAACUGUCUGUGAUGACCUUUGGGAUGUGGAGGAUGCAAAUGUGGUAUGCAGAGAACUUGGAUGCGGACGAGGCAUUAGAGCCGUACCUAACGCUCGCUUUGGUCAAGGCUCAGGCAGUAUCGUCCUUGAUAAUGUAGAGUGCCAUGGAAAUGAAUCUUCCCUGACUCUGUGUUCACAUGCACCUUGGGGCAAUCAUAAUUGUGGCCAUCAUGAAGAUGCUGGUGUCAUCUGCUCAGGUGCACAAGAGUUACGUCUAGCAAACGCAUGGAACAGAUGUGUCGGGAGAGUAGAAGUUUUCUAUCAAGGAAUUUGGGGGACAGUUUGUGAUGACCACUUUGAUAUGAACAAUGCACGUGUAGUGUGCAGACAACUUGGAUGUGGCGAGCCAACAACUGUGUAUGGAUGGGCUUAUUUUGGCCAAGGCUCAGGAGAUAUAAUCCUAGAUGAUGUGAACUGCACAGGAAGUGAAUCCUUCCUCUGGGACUGUAGGCAUGCUGGCUGGUUUGUGAGUAACUGUGGACACAAUGAAGAUGUCAGUGUCGUCUGCUCAGGCUCAGCCAAUACAGAAACCUCUAGUCCAAUCUCAUUUCUCACAUCUAAUGAAGGACUCUCAUGUUCUGGAAAAUACAUGUAUGCACGCAUCAGCAGAAGCUAUCUCUGGUUAUUGGGCUACAAUGCUUGGGAUCUGUAUCUGAAUUCUUCAGACUCUUUCUGUAGACCUCGGAUUACAGAAGAUGAUGUUGUUUUCAAUAUACCAUUCAGUGGUUGUGGCACAUUAAGGCAGAAGAAUAACAACACUAUAGUCUAUUCCAACAUAAUCAAGACAUCAGCCUCUGGAUAUAUCAUUACAAGACAGAGAAACUUUCAGUUUCAUAUCACAUGUGAAAUGAAUGAGGACACCGUUGUAGAGACAAAGUUUGUUGCCCAAAAUGCCAUUGACAUCACAGAAAAACAGCAUGGCAAUUACAGUGUGGACCUUUCAUUCUACUAUUCAUCAAGGUUCUACUCUGCAGUUCAUGAAAGUCCGUACUACAUUUCAAUCAAUCAGGAUUUAUACCUCCAAGCUACUCUCAACAGUUCUGAUCCAAACCUGGUACUGUUUACAGACACAUGUGUAGCAUCUCCAUAUGCUGACGACUUCAAAACUUUGACCUAUGACUUAAUCAGGGAUGGAUGUGUUCGAGAUCCUACCUAUAAAAAACUGUAUUCACCAAUGUCUAACACAGUUCGUCUUACAUUCAAAAGUUUUAAGUUUCUUCUUGAACACAAUCAGGUCUACUUGCAAUGCAAAAUGGUAGUAUGUAGAGCAAAUGAUUUCACAUCCCGAUGCAACCAGGGAUGUUCCACUAGAAAAAAGAGGGAUGUAGGUGAACACCAGGACAAGGUGGAUGUUGUGCUGGGACCCAUCAAGCUUCAGAAAGAAGCCAAUGAAGACAGAAAGCAGGAGCGCUCAUUGAGACUGGUUAAUGGAAGCAGCAGGUGCGAAGGCCGCCUUGAAGUAUUUCAUGAUGGCAGUUGGGGAACUGUCUGUGAUGACCUUUGGGAUGUGGAGGAUGCAAAUGUGGUAUGCAGAGAACUUGGAUGA